CUAAGGAGGACUUGUGAAGUCCUGACAGGYGGAACGAUGACAGCGGUUGAAACCCAAAUGACAUAUAGCAACUCCUAUACGGUCCACCAUGAAGAAACGUACAUGACCCAGGAGGAAGACUGGGACAGGGACCUGCUCCUGGACCCYGCCUGGGAGAAGCAGCAGAGGAAGACGUUCACAGCUUGGUGCAACUCCCACUUGAGGAAAGCCGGGACACAGAUCGAGAACAUUGAAGAGGAUUUCAGAAAUGGCCUCAAACUCAUGCUGCUGCUGGAGGUCAUAUCAGGCGAGAGGCUGCCCAAACCGGACAAAGGGAAGAUGCGUUUCCACAAGAUUGCCAACGUGAAUAAAGCUCUGGACUUCAUCUGCAGCAAGGGGGUCAAACUGGUGUCUAUUGGUGCAGAGGAAAUUGUUGACGGUAAUGUGAAGAUGACCCUCGGUAUGAUCUGGACCAUCAUCCUGCGUUUCGCCAUCCAGGACAUCUCUGUGGAAGAGACUUCUGCUAAAGAAGGUCUGCUGCUGUGGUGCCAGAGGAAGACCGCCCCCUACAGGAACGUCAACGUGCAGAACUUCCACAUCAGUUGGAAGGAUGGUCUGGCCCUGUGUGCCCUCAUCCACAGACACAGACCUGACCUCAUCGACUACUCCAAGCUGAGAAAGGACGACCCUGUUGGUAACCUGAACACUGCCUUUGAGGUCGCUGAGAAGUUCCUGGACAUCCCCAAGAUGCUCGACGCUGAGGAUAUUGUAAACACACCCAAACCUGACGAGAAGGCCAUCAUGACCUACGUGUCCUGCUUUUAUCACGCCUUUGCUGGAGCCGAGCAGGCUGAGACAGCUGCCAACCGGAUCUGCAAGGUGCUGGCAGUGAACCAGGAGAACGAGAAGCUGAUGGAGGAAUAUGAAAAGCUGGCCAGUGAGCUGCUGGAGUGGAUCCGCCGCACCAUCCCCUGGCUGGAGAACCGCGUGGCCGAGCAGACCAUGCGUGCCAUGCAGCAGAAGCUGGAGGACUUCCGGGACUACCGUCGCGUCCACAAGCCGCCGCGCGUGCAGGAGAAGUGCCAGCUGGAGAUCAACUUCAACACCCUGCAGACUAAACUGAGACUGAGCAACAGGCCUGCCUUCAUGCCCUCUGAGGGCAAGAUGGUGUCGGAUAUCGCCAACGCCUGGAAGGGUCUGGAGCAGGUGGAGAAGGGCUACGAGGAGUGGCUGCUGACCGAGAUCCGCCGUCUGGAGAGACUGGACCACCUGGCUGAGAAGUUCAAGCAGAAGUGUGCCAUGCACGAGUCCUGGACUGCAGGUAAGGAGGACCUCCUGUCCCAGAAGGACUACGAGUCGGCUUCUCUGAUGGAGAUCAGAGCUUUGAUGAGGAAGCACGAGGCCUUCGAGAGCGACCUCGCCGCUCACCAGGACAGAGUGGAGCAGAUCGCUGCCAUCGCUCAGGAGCUGAAUGAGCUGGACUACCAUGACUCUGCUACGGUCAACGCUCGCUGCCAGGGCAUCUGUGACCAGUGGGACAACCUGGGGACCCUCACCCAGAAGAGGAGGGAUGCUCUGGAGCGCGUGGAGAAACUGUGGGAGACCAUUGACCAGCUGUACCUGGAGUUUGCGAAGAGGGCGGCGCCCUUCAAUAACUGGAUGGACGGAGCCAUGGAGGACCUGCAGGACAUGUUCAUUGUCCACAGCAUCGAGGAGAUCCAGAGUCUGAUCACAGCUCACGACCAGUUCAAGGCCACUCUGCCCGAGGCCGACAAGGAGCGCAUGGCCACCAUGGGCAUCCACAACGAGAUCCUGAAGAUCGCCCAGACCUACGGCAUCAAGCUGUCCGGAAUCAACCCGUACACCAACCUGACUCAGCAGGACAUCAGCACUAAAUGGGACACUGUGAAGCACCUCGUGCCCCUCAGAGACCAAAUGCUUCAGGAGGAAGUGGCCCGACAGCAGGCCAACGAGAGGCUGAGGCGCCAGUUUGCUGCUCAGGCCAACAUCAUCGGACCCUGGAUUCAAACCAAGAUGGAGGAGAUCAGCCACGUGUCGGUGGAUAUCGCGGGCUCCCUGGAGGAACAGAUGAACAGCCUGAAGCAGUACGAACAGAACAUCAUCAACUACAAGUCCAACAUCGACAAGCUGGAGGGAGACCACCAGCUCAGCCAGGAGUCCCUGAUCUUCGACAACAAACACACCAACUACACCAUGGAGCACGUGCGUGUGGGCUGGGAGCAGCUGCUCACCACCAUCGCCAGAACCAUCAACGAGGUGGAGAACCAGAUCCUGACCCGCGACGCCAAGGGCAUCAGCCAGGAGCAGCUCAACGAGUUCAGGGCCUCCUUUAAUCACUUCGACAGGAAGAGAAACGGCAUGAUGGACCCAGACGACUUCAGAGCCUGCCUCAUCUCCAUGGGUUAUGAUCUGGGUGAGGUUGAGUUCGCCCGCAUCAUGACCCUGGUGGACGCCAACAACACCGGCGUGGUGACCUUCCAGGCCUUCAUCGACUUCAUGACCCGCGAGACUGCCGAGACCGACACUGCCGAGCAAGUCAUGGCUUCUUUCAAGAUUCUGGCCUCAGACAAGAGCUACAUCACAGUGGACGAGCUGCGCAGGGAGCUACCGCCCGAGCAGGCAGAGUACUGCAUCAGCCGCAUGACCCGGUACGUGGGCGGUGAYGCUCCCCCCGGCGCCCUGGACUACAUCUCCUUCUCCAGCGCCCUCUACGGAGAGAGCGACUUAUAA